AUGGGCUGGUCUUCGGCAAUCCAUAAUGCGAAUGUGGCGGUAGCCAAGUCGUUCGUUGGUCGCUACUUCCGCCUCGAGGGCAGCGGUCAUCCCAAGGAGCGCCCCAACACGUUCUUCUUUACCGAGAUUCGUGCCGGAAUGGCCACCUUCUUCGCCAUGGCGUACAUUAUUUCGGUCAACUCGUCCAUCGUGGCCGAGUCUGGUGGUACCUGUGUCUGCCCCGCCGACUCGAUGGCGGACCUUUGUGCCACCAACGAGGAGUACCUCCUCUGUCUGCAGGAGAUUAAGCGUGACGCUGUCACUGCCACCGCUGCCAUUUCUGCCCUCGCGUCGUUCUGCAUGGGUCUUUUCGCCAACAUGCCCAUCGGUCUCGCUCCUGGUAUGGGUCUGAACGCCUACUUUGCGUACACUGUCGUCGGCUACCACGGUUCUGGUCUGGUUCCUUACGAGGUUGCUCUCACCGCCGUCUUCGUGGAGGGUUGGGUUUUCGUGGGACUCACUCUCCUCGGCAUCCGUCAGUGGCUCGCUCGUAUCAUUCCCGCCUCGCUCAAGCUGGCUACCGCCGUCGGCAUUGGUCUUUACCUCACCCUCAUUGGUCUUGGCUACAGCGCCGGUAUUGGAGUGAUCACCGGUGCUACCGACACCCCCAUGGAGCUUUCCGGCUGUCUCGACGCCCUCCGUGACCCGGACACUGGUCUGUGCGCUUCCGCAGACAAGAUGCGCAGCCCCACCAUGUGGGUCGGCAUCUUCUGCGGUGGUUUCUUCACUGUCAUGCUCAUGAUGUACCGCGUCAAGGGUGCCAUCAUUGCCGGUAUCCUCCUUGUCUCCAUCAUCUCGUGGCCCCGUACCACGCCUGUUACCUACUUCCCCCACACCACUGUCGGCGACGACGCUUUCGACUUCUUCAAGCAGGUCGUGACGUUCCACCCCAUCCAGCGCACCCUCAAUGUCCUGAAGUUUGACAUUUCCGGCUACAGCGGCCAGUUUGGUCUUGCGUUCAUCUCGUUCCUCUACGUCGACAUUCUCGACGCCACUGGUACCCUUUACGCCAUGGCCCGCUUUGGUGGCUUCCUCGACCCCAAGACCCAGGACUUUGAGCGCUCGUCGGUUGCGUACUGCGUCGACGCCAUCGGCAUUUCGAUCGGCGCCGUCCUCGGUGUGCCCCCCGUCACCGCUUACAUCGAGUCGGGUGCCGGUAUCGCCGAGGGUGGCCGUACUGGUCUCACGUCGAUGACCACUGGCUUCUGCUUCUUCAUCGCCGUCUUCUUCGCUCCUAUCUUCGCCUCGAUCCCCCCCUGGGCUACUGGCUGUACCUUGAUCAUCGUCGGAUGCCAGAUGGCCGCCGAGGCUCGCUUCAUCAACUGGAAGUACCUCGGCGACGCGAUCCCCGCGUUCAUCGCCAUUGCCAUGAUGCCCUUCUCGUACUCGAUCGCGUACGGACUUAUUGGUGGCAUUAUUUCGUACAUCAUCAUCAACACGCUCGUGUACAUCAUUGAGAAGGCCUCGGGUGGCCGUAUCGUGCCCCCCAACAAGGACGACAAGGAGACUUGGUCGUACAAGCUCGAGGGUGGCUUCUUCCCUCCUUGGGCCCAGCGUCUUGCCCGUGGCAACAAGCAGUUCUGGAAGGACGAGGAGGAGGGCCACGCCAAGGGCGACGGUGGUGUUAUCUCCCCCACCGAGUCUGUGGACCGCGCCACCGUUGGCACUGCGACCGAGGCCGCGGUGGCCAAGGAGGAGGAAGUCAAGGAGAAGGUGGCAGCUUGA